AUGAAACUGCUUGAGUACUCACACAAUGAGUCAAUCAAACAAACGGCUGAGGUGAAAAGGGGAAACGACAUCCAAGCUGAAUUAGUCGCGAUCAACCAAGCCAAAAAAAAUCUCAACUGUAUGCUUCAAAACCUCGAUGACUGCCCCGAUGACCUUGCGCGCGAGUACUUGGCUUCUGAAAAGCAGAGAAUCAUGGAAGAAAGACGACUUGCGAUGAAAAAAUCAUCCUCAUCAAGGCCCCAACCAUCCGUAGAAGAAGAUGGCGAAUCAGAUGAAGACAAAGAUGGUGACAUGACUCAAACUCAAAACAUCACUAGUCAAACCGGCAAUCAGGAGCUUCCAAUUAGAGAUGGUCGAUUGGCAUCCGGAUAUCCGCGCGGAUGCGGAUAUCCGGCUGCUUUUUCCGGCCAUCUGAGCAUCCAAAUCCCGCAUCCGCAACCCGCUGGCGGGUAUCCGUCGGCCACAGCGGGUAUCCUAGGAUACCCGCACUCUAAAGGGCCGGCUGGAAGGGCUUCUUUCAGCCAGCGAGGUACUUGUACUCAUCGACUGGAAGGGUGCCCUCCAAUCGACGAGGUACUUGUACCUCGUCGACCGGAAGGGCUUCCUUCAGCCGGCGAGGUACUUGUACUCGUCGACUGGAAAGGGUGUCCUUCCAGCCGGCGAGCUGGGGAGGUACUUGUCCCUCGUCAACCGGAAGGGUGUCCUUCCAGUCGACAAGGUACUUGUACCUCGCCGGCUGGAAGGAGACCCUUCCAGCCGGCCAUCUACCCUUCCGGCCGUGGGUAUCCUUUGGGAUACCCGGAUACCCGCCAAAUUUUUGAGGAAAAGGGGCCAUCCGCACCCGUUGGCGGGUAUCCGUUGGCACUGGCAGGUAUCCGCCAGCGGAUAACGGGUAUCCGCGACAGAUACCCUUCGACCAUCUCUACUUCCAAUUGA